AUGGCUUCUGUAAACGACAUACGCACCGGCUUCUGGCUCGACUACGACAAACCAUGGGCCACUCGAGCACUUCUCACUGUUUCCAAUACCCAGGCCAACUUUAUCAUCGCGGCGAUAUCAUUCCUGCUCGCCUCCCUCGUUCUUCCAAUUCUUUGGAGAACACUCGUCCUCGUUUUAUACCUUAUUCCAUUCACCCGUCCCUCAGUUCGUACCUACGAACUGCAGCAGCGGCGGAUCAUCCUUCGCAAUGCAAAAUCCCCAGACGGAGCUCUCCUGGCUCUCGCCAAGGCGUUCUGGUCUUGGAGGAAAGGGUCUGCUAAAAUAUGGCGGAGAAGUCCCUUCCAGUUUCUCAUGCUCCUCUCCCUUACGAUAGCGAGCGUUGCUGUCAUCGGCGCCUUUGGUAUCUUUAUCCCCUCUCAAUUUGCCACCGACACGACCAACGACAUAAUUGUCCUGGCAAAGCGCGGCUCCUGUGGGUUUUUGAGAGUACUCAACAAUGCUCCCCAGGUGGACGCGGCGGCAGCCUCGGCCUCCAGGGAUCUGGACGAGACGGCUUAUGCGAGAAGCUACGCCGCCCAGUUUUACGGAGGCGAGCCUGGGGUCAGCGAGAUACAAUCCCCAUAUGCCGUCCUGAGCCUACCCUUCACGGUGGAUACAGCGGCGCCAUGCCCGUUCAGGGAGGAAAUGUGCCUGCUGGGCUCGGAUGCAUCAAUCAGCUUUGACACGGGCCUGAUUGAUUCGCACAAGCAUCUUGGCAUCAAUGCCCGGGAAGAAGACAGGAUCCAAUACCGUUGGAAGUCGACUUGCACUCCUUUGAGGUUGGACGGCCUCGUCAGCGUCACUGAGGAGGGCAGACGUGACGGGCUCCGUAUUUGCGAGGACCAGCCUUUGGCCGACUUUUAUCUUGGGCGGCAAGAGAAUAAUAACUAUACCUUCUCCUGGAUGGGUCAUAAUGAGGUGACUCGGAUCGGAUACCAAGUACAGACAACCUCGGCAUACAGGGGCUUCAGCGAUGCGCGAAACAUUUCGUGGAUCCCGAUACCUCCCCUCAAUCGGACCGACGCCGACGUAAGCUUAAUCUUCAUUGCGGGCAACCUAGUGGCCUACUCGACGGCUGUGGAUGAUGCGGUAUUCCAAGCGAACGGAUCCAUCAAAGACCCAAUAGGCGAUCCGCCAAUGUACAUAUCCGACUUCAACGCUCGCAUCAUUGCCUGCGCCGACCAGCACGAGUUCUGUAACCCCACGAACGGAGCGUGCUCCGGGCUCAACGGCUACUUGGGCAACGUUACACAGCCAUUCUCGUCCAGGUCAAUGACCAGGCAGCUAGCCACUGCACUGCGGAUUCAACAGCAGGGCGAGGCCUAUACCAUGGAAAGGAGCGUGAAGCAACUUGGUAGCAACGCUUUGAUUGCCAACUCGAUUCUCGGCAACACCUUGCUCCUCUCCCCUGGACUGCCUAACAACCAAUGGCACCUUGAAACCUUGCGAUGGUUUCAGACAGGCCUGGCGAAGCUACAAGCUAACACCAACCAGUUCACCAACGUAUCCUUCACCGGCCGCGACUCGGCCGCGUAUCAGCUAAUCCCGGCAAAGAGCUUUACCAAUAUUUCAAGCAUCGAUUCCGAACUAGACGAGCUGUGCUCAGAGCAGCGGAUCCGGUCCAGGGGCAGCGUCCAGAAUUUUAGCGUGGUCAACCUCGCCGUCCUAGUCGCCGUGUCCUUUAUAGUCUCCAUUCUGGGCGAGUGGCUGAUCCCGCUGGGUGCGCGCCACUUCCUCGUGGAGGGUUAUGGACAGUGGGACGGUGACGGGCUAUUGGCCAUUUGGAAGAAGAGUGUCGAUCCUCAAGGAGAAAUGGCAUGGGUCAAGAAGGAAGAUGAGUCGUACGUAGUUAGGGAGCGCUCGUAG